AUGUCGAUGAUAAAUAUGUCCAGGGACCCCUUGGUCGUCGGGCACAUUGUUGGGGAUAUCGUGGACCCUUUCAUGACCACUGCGUCGUUCAGGAUCUUCUUCAACAACAAGGAAAUGACGAACGGGUCUGAGCUCAAACCAUCUCAGGUGUUCAAGGUUCCAAGAGUUUAUAUUGGUGGGCGAGACAUGAGGAACCUCUACACGCUUGUGAUGGUAGACCCUGAUGCACCUAGUCCCAGCAACCCUACUGAAAGAGAGAACCUUCAUUGGUUGGUAACUGACAUUCCAGAGACUACUGAUGCAAGCUUUGGAAAUGAAAUUGUCCCCUAUGAGAGUCCACGCCCAACAGCAGGAAUCCAUCGUUUCGUGUUCAUCCUGUUUAGGCAGUCAAUCAGGCAGGCCACCUAUGCACCAGGGUGGAGAGCAAACUUCUGCACAAGGGACUUUGCAGCGAUCUACAAUCUUGGACCACCUGUCGCUGGGAUGUACUUUAACUGCCAAAGAGAGAAUGGAUGUGGUGGCAGAAGGUACAUUAGGUAA